AUGUCGACUCGCCUUUUCUCACGCCUCUUGGUUGCCAACAGAGGAGAGAUUGCUGUACGGAUUAUCCAGGCCGCGCGAGAAUUGUCACCACCAGUUGAGACUUUUGCACUGUACACCGACGAUGACGCCUUUCACUGCAGUGUUGGCUGCCCAGACCACGCGAUACGUCUGCCUUCGGCCGCUUCGUACCUUGAAAUGCCGUUGCUAGUGAAGCUGGCAAAGGAGCAUGACAUUGGUGCUGUUCAUCCUGGAUAUGGCUUUCUCAGUGAAAGUGCCGAGUUUGCCCGUCAGAUGGAGGAGUCUGGUAUUUUGGUGAUUGGGCCUGGGCCGGAAAUUUUGGCCCGCACGGGUGAUAAGCUCCAAGCAAAACAAUUGGCCUUGGAGUGCCACGUACCAGUCCUACCGGCAAUGACACAUCCGGUAGCCGAUCUGGCGAGUGUGCGCGAAUUCAUUCAGCAAGUGGGCUACCCUGUUAUGGUGAAGGCGGUUGACGGCGGCGGAGGGCGAGGGAUCCGACUUGUGCGAAACGAUGGUGAACUAGAGAAUUCAGUUCGCGCAGCCACGAAUGAGUCUCCGUCAAAGAGUGUGUUUGCAGAAAAAGCAGCAACCGACGGGUUUCACCAUGUAGAAAUUCAGGUAAUAGGGGACGGGACCAACGCCGCCGUGUGUCAUCUAUGGGAGCGCGACUGCAGCGUGCAACGGAGGUUUCAAAAGAUCGUCGAGGUCGCGCCAGCGCUGUUCUCAAAUCGCGGUUUGAUAGAUGAGCUUGCAGGUGCUGCGGUGCGUAUGGCCAGGGCUAUUCGUUAUCGGUCGCUGGGAACGGUUGAAUUCCUGGUCAACGAAAAGGAGGACGCGUUUUAUUUUCUCGAAAUUAACCCUCGACUGCAAGUCGAACAUACCAUUACAGAGUCUGUGUCCGGUGUUGACCUUGUGCAAACGCAGCUUCGGGUAGCUCAAGGGUUUUCACUUGCGCAACUCGGUCUGGAGCAGGACCUGAUUCCCUCGCCAAGAAAUAUGCACUCAAUUCAGCUGCGGUUAUGCGCUGAGGAUGCGCACAACGGCUUUUCUUUGAGCGUGGGCAAGAUUGAUACUUUCCAUAUCCCUGGUGGUCAUGGGGUCCGCGUUGACACGCAUGUGCCAGAGUCUGGGAUUGUAGUUGGGUCACAGUUUGAUAAUCUUUUGGCGAAAGUCAUCGUUACCGCCUCGAGCUGGAAGGAUACAGUUUUGAAAGCCCGUCGGGUCCUGGCAGAUACAAGAGUGUCUGGUAUUCAGACGAACCUUGUCCUGUUACGUGGAAUUCUGUCCCAUGAGGACUUCCUGGUUGGCAGGUUUGAUACUCAGUGGCUUGGAAACAGGCUCGAGGAUAUUCUACGGGCAGGAAAUGAUGGAACUGAAUCCACAAUUCAAACGGCCCCCAAAAUUGCUACCUCGUCAAGCGUCUCGUCGUCUAGUAUUACGUUCCAGCCUGGGGAUGCCUGGUCUGUCAAUCUUGAGCCCUUGGACACUUCACACCAGAGAGAAAAACAACAGCAUCAUGGGCUUCAACUGACUAGAAUUCUGCAAAACAAUUUCCCGAAUUCUCUCGUAGCAGAGAUUAAAUACACCACCCCGUCCUCGAGCACCGCAUAUCAGGUACAGUUGGCGUCGAUUUCCGCAGACGAACUAGCUGUAUCAAAGUCUCGGCGAAGCGGUGAUCCGAAGAACCCAAAUCAUAUUAUACUCCCUAUUUCUGGAACGUUAAUAGAGGUUUUAGUGUCGCCAGGCGAUCAGGUGGCGGAAAACCAGGCGGUGGCUUUUAUUAAGCAAAUGAAGAUGGAACUGGAGGUUCGAAGUCCUCGUGCUGGAAAGGCCCGGUGGGUAUACGAGAUGGGAGCUGAGGAAGAGGACGUAAAGGAGGGUCUACUAUUAGUAGAAUUGGAGAAUAAAAUACAGGAAAAGCUAUGA